UUAUAGUUGUCAUGGAUGAUGAUGAUGACUCGUGUCUCCUUGAUCUUAUUGGAGACCCACAAGCAUUGAACUAUUUUCUACAUGGACCUAGUAAUAAAUCUAGCAAUGAUGACUUGACUAAUGCAGGAUAUUCUGCAGCCAAUUCAAAUUCAAUUUUCGCCAACUCUAGUAAUGCUGAUCCCAAGUCGUCCCUCAAAGCUGUAAGCAGCCAGCUUGGAGAAGGGCCCAGUGACGGACUGCCUCUCUCGAGUAGCCUUCAGUUUCUGGAAGAUGAACUUGAGUCUUCUCCUCUCCCUGAUCUCAGUGAGGACCAACCUUUUGACAUCCUUCAGAAAUCCCUGCAGGAGGCCAACAUCACUGAGCAGACUUUGGCAGAAGAGGCGUAUCUGGAUGCCAGUAUAGGUUCCAGCCAGCAGUUUGCACAAGCUCAGCUUCAUCCUUCUUCAUCAGCAUCCUUUACUCAGGCUUCGAACGUUUCUAAUUACUCAGGGCAGACGCUGCAGCCGGUGGGGGUGGCCCACGUGCCCGUGGGCGCGUCGUUUGCGAGCAGCACCGUGGGCGUGCAGCAUGGCUUCAUGCAGCAGGUGGGCAUCAGCGUCCCCGGCCAGCACUUACCCAACAGCAGCCAGAUCAGCGGCUCUGGUCAGAUCCAGCUAAUCGGGUCUUUUGGCAACCAACCUUCCAUGAUGACUAUUAACAACCUCGACGGCUCUCAGAUCAUACUGAAGGGCAGCGGGCAGCAGGCGCCGUCGAAUGUGAGUGGAGGGCUCCUGGUCCACAGGCAGACCCCUAAUGGCAACUCCUUGUUCGGGAACUCCAGCUCCAGCCCCGCGGCGCAGCCCGUCACCGUUCCAUUUAACAGCACAAACUUCCAAACGUCUGUCCCUGUGCAUAACAUCAUCAUACAAAGGGGUCUCGCACCAAAUUCGAACAAAGUCCCGAUCAAUAUCCAGCCAAAGCCCAUCCAGAUGGGGCAGCAAAAUACAUACAACGUGAACAGUUUGGGGAUCCAGCAGCACCAUGUGCAGCAGGGGAUCUCCUUCGCCUCCGCCAGCUCCCCGCAGGGCUCGGUGGUCGGGCCGCACAUGUCCGUGAACAUCGUGAACCAGCAGACCCCGAGGAAACCGGUCACCUCGCAGGCAGUGAGCAGCACGGGCGGCAGCAUCGUCAUCCACUCGCCCAUGGGCCAGCCGCACACGCCCCAGAGCCAGUUCCUCAUACCCACGAGCCUCUCCGUCAGCUCCAACUCGGUCCAUCACGUCCAGACCAUAAACGGGCAGCUGCUGCAGACCCAGCCCUCGCAGCUCAUUUCUGGCCAAGUGGCCUCGGAGCAUGUCAUGUUGAACAGAAACUCUUCCAACAUGCUCAGGACCAACCAGCCCUACUCCGGACAGAUGCUGAACAACCAGAACACCGCCGUCCAGUUAGUGUCCGGCCAGACGUUCGCCACCUCCGGCAGUCCGGUGAUCGUCAACCACGCCUCCCCGCAGAUGGUUGGCGGGCAGAUGCCCUUACAGCAGGCAUCCCCCACGGUGUUGCACCUGUCGCCCGGGCAGGGCAGCGUCGCCCAAGGAAGACCCGGCUUCGCGGCCAUGCCCCCGGUGCCCAGCAUGUCCGGACCCUCCCGGUUCCCUGCGGUCAGCUCCUCCAGCACCGUCCACCAGAAUCUCGGGUCCGCCACUCAGUCGGGGGCGCCAGGAUCCAGCUUUACCCCCGAUCAGCUUACCCCACCCAACAGGACUCCAGGGCCGGGCACUGCGUCUCACCGUCUUCCGGUCUCCACUUCCAAGUCCACCAGCACCUUCAGCAACACGCCGGGCGCAGGAGCCCAGCAGCCGUUCUACUGCCAGGCUCAGAAAAAGAGUUUGAAUCAGCCGUCCCCCAUUUCCGCUUCCAAGACCCCCGAUGGCCUGAGGCAAGCGCCGAUCCCUGGCCUCCCGAGCACCGGCCUGCCAGGGCAAGAUUCUGGAAGCAAAGUCCUCCCGGCAUCCUUAGGAACCACCCAGCCACAGCAGGAGAAAGUAGUUGGAUCAUCUCCUGGCCAGCCAGCUCUGCAGGUGGAUGGUCAUUCAGGAGGACAGAAGAGGCCUGCGGCAAAGCAGCUAACUAAAGGAGCUUUCAUCCUCCAGCAGUUACAGCGGGACCAAGCCCAUGCCAUGACCCCAGACAAGAGCCAGUUCCACUCACUGAGCGACGCGGUACAGCGGCUGCUCUCCUACCACGUGUGCCAGGGUUCCAUGCCCUCCGAGGAAGACUUGAAGAAAGUCGACAGUGAAUUUGAGACGGUUGCCGCCCAGCUCCUAAAGAGGACCCAAGCUAUGCUGAACAAGUACCGGUGCCUGCUGCUGGAAGAUGCCCUGCGGAUCAACCCCUCUGCGGAGAUGGUGAUGAUGGACAGGAUGUUCAACCAGGAGGAGAGGGCGUCUCUGUCCCGGGACAAGCGGCUGGCACUUGUAGACCCCGAGGGUUUCCAGGCUGAUUUCUGUUGUUCCUUCAAACCUGACCGCGCCGCCCCUGAGACGCACUUUGGCAGGAGCGACCAGCCUGGCGGGAAAACGCCCAGCUCCCUCCAUCCGACACCCAAGGCCCCCAGCAGAGACCGAGCCAAAGCAGGUGCAGCUGAACCCACGAAUCAUGACCCGUUUCAUCUAGUGCCUAAUCACAUCGUGGUCUCCGCAGAAGGAAACAUUUCUAAAAAAACUGAAUGCCCCGGCCGGGCACUGAAGUCGGACAAAGGGGGCUUAGCUCAGUACCGGGGCGCAUCGGAAGAGAAAUGCGGCCGGAGAGACUCCGCGAAGGCCAGGGAGUGCUCCCCUGGUCCCGAGGGGCACCGGAAGUGCUCGUCCAGACCCGAUCCCGGUACUGAGAGCAAACUCUCGAGUAUCCUGGCCGAUCCUCACUUGGAGCUGACGUGUGACAAUUCCUUCCGGGACAAAGCGCUGAGGAGUUCGCCAAAGAAUGAAGUUUUACACACGGACAUCAUGAAAGGGUCAGGCGAGCCCCAGCCCGACCUCCAGCUUACCAAGAGUCUAGAAACCACAUUUAAGAACAUCUUGGAACUCAAGAAGGCCGGGCGGCCGCCCCAGAGUGACCCCAUGGUUAGCGGCUCUGUCGAGUUAGAUUUCCCCAACUUUUCGCCAAUGGCUUCGCAGGAAAAUUGCCUGGAAAAGUUUAUCCCGGACCACAGUGAAGGCGUUGUCGAGACUGACUCCAUUUUAGAAGCAGCUGUAAAUAGCAUCUUAGAGUGUUAAUAGCAGCCGUCCCGCCCCGUCCCCACCCCACCCCACCCCAGACCCCUCCCCGGACAAGUUACACUCUCUCCUGGCAAAAGCAAACGGAACCGGUCACCAGUCUCCAGCCUGCUCGGUCUUUCAUCACAGGUUAUUCUUUCUGAUCUCAAACCCCUUCUUUGUCGAAGAGCAAUACUCGUGUGGCUACAGGGAGGCCCUCUGGGAGCAGCCCCCGGGGAGCAGUCUGGUAGGCCCUGCGCAUUUCAAGUGUUAUGGAAGUGCUUAUGGUCUUGCUUUUUCUGUUGUUGUUGGCUUUUUGUUUUGUUUUGUUUUUUAUUUGUUCCCCCCCCCCUUCCACCCUUUCUCUCUUUUAAGAACAUUGUAACUCAAUGAAAUCACAGUAUACUUGGCCCUGAGUAAAAAUUUGACAAUCAUCUAAGUCAUUUGAGGAGAAUCGACUUAUUAAAGAAGAUUAAACAGGACUGGUAGAAGCUACUUUUUAAAGAAUAUCCCUCUGGAUCUGCAAGUUUUAGUUUUGGGGUGGGUUCUUUUUUGUUUUGGGGGGUUGUUUUAUUUUUUUCC